AUGGCCACCAGCGGCACGAGUGACAACGUUCCAGGGCUGCCGGGCACCGGUGGAACGCCGAGCGUCUGUGACAACGGGCUCGGUCCGUUCCUCCCGGCGCGUCCGGCCGCGCUCCGCUCGCUGCUCCGCUGCCGGCGCUGCAGGCGGAGGCGUUUGCCAAAGCCAUUCCCGGUGACCGAGGCUGUGCCUCGUCCCUCGCAUGACCCCGGGGACGGGGGAAGGCUCGGAGACCUCGCCCAGCCUGGGGAUAUCUCUCCCGCACUGCAUCCUCCAGCCGAACCUAUCCCCCCCAGACCACAUGAGGACCCAGAUCAUUGGACUGAGCAGCCCGGUGCCCCAGCCGGAGGUGCCUGGUGUGGGGCAGAGCCCCCGCCCCAGGAGGGCUCCGUGGCCGUGGUGCUGCGUGUGAGGCCCCCCAGCCCCCGGGAGCGAGGUGCACCCACUGUCCUGCACGUCCUGAACCAGCACACGGUGCUGCUCAGCGCCGAGGAGCCGGGCGGCACCGGCGGCACCGGCGGCACCACGCCGCCCGCCCGCUGCCCCGGGCGCCCCCGCAAAAACCUCCAAUUUGAGUUCGACCACGUUUUUGACGAGAAGGCCACGCAGGAGGAGGUGUUCCAGCACACCACGCUCCCUCUGCUGGAAACCCUCCUCGCUGGCUACAACUGCUCCGUGUUUGCCUACGGUGCUUCGGGAGUGGGGAAAACCCACACCAUGAUGGGCUCCAUGACCACUCCUGGCAUCGUGCACCUGGCCACGGUGGAGCUCUACAAGAGGCUCGAGGCCAUGAAGGACAAGAGCUGUGAGGUCCUCGUCUCCUACCAGCAGGUGUACAAAGAACGUGUCUACGACCUGCUGGAGCCCCAGGGCCCGCUGAAUGUCUGGGAGAAACCUGGGAAAGGAGCCGUGGUACAGGGUCUCUCCUUCCACCAGCCCACGACACCAGAGCAGCUCCUGGACAUGUUGGCCAAAGGCAAUAAAAACCGAGCACAGCGUCCCACCAAGGCCAACGCCUCCUCCUCCCGCUCCCACGCCAUCUUCCAGAUCCAGGUGAAGCUUCGUGACCCCACUGGCGGCCCCGCCGGGGGCCCACGCGUGGCCAAGCUGAGCUUCAUCGACCUGGCGGGCUCGGAGCGAGCCUGGGACAGCACGGGCCGCGGAGAGGGGCUGUGGGAGGGCACCAGCAUCAACCGCUCGCUGCUGGCCCUCAAAAGCGUCAUCCGUGCUCUGGCGGGAGCCAAGGGCGGGCAGAGCCAUGUGCCGUUCCGGGACAGCAAACUGACGCUGCUGCUGAAGGACUCGCUGGGCGGCAGCUGCCGCACCGCCGUGAUCGCGGCCGUGAGCGCCGCGGCGCCCGCCGGCCGCGACACCUACAGCACGCUGCGCUUCGCCAGCCGCGCCCGGCGCGCCCCGCCGCCGCUGAGCGGCACCGGGAUGUCUCCCUGCACCUCCAGAGCAGCCUCCCUGCCCAAUCUGCAGUGCCAGGCGAGGACACCAAGUCCCUUUCUGCAGGACCUGCAGGACCAGGAAGAAAACCUCUGCCCUGAUGAAAUUACUGCAAAGACAAAGGAAGUGAAGCUCCUAGGGCUGGAGGAGUCCACAGGAUUGGAGGAGUCCACAGGGCUGGAGGAGUCCACAGGAUUGGAGGAGUCCACAGGGCUGGAGGAGUCCACAGGAUUGGAGGAGUCCACAGGGCUGGAGGUUUCCACAGGGCUGGAGGAGUCCACAGGACUGGAGGAGUCCACAGGGCUGGAGGAGUCCAGAGGGCUGGAGGAGUCCACAGGGCUGGAGGAGUCCACAGGGCUGGAGGUUUCCACAGGGCUGGAGGAGUCCACAGGGCUGGAGGAGUCCACAGGAUUGGAGGAGUCCACAGGGCUGGAGAUUUCCACAGGGCUGGAGGAGUCCACAGGGCUGGAGGAGUCCACAGGCCUGGAGGAGUCCACAGGCCUGGAGGAGUCCACAGGCCUGGAGGAAGCUGCACCUCCCUGUAGCCCCGCAGAGCCCAGCGAGGCUGCCCCAGCCCCAGGAAUGCAGCUGAGCUGUACCGCCGAGGCUGCUGUCACCAUGCCAGAUCCCCCUGUGCCCAGCACCGACCCGGAAUGCUCCCAGGAGCUCUCUCCGUCCUCCAGCCCCGGGCCGAUGUCUCUCGGGCCGGUUAAGAGGAGGCUCGAGUGGAGCAGCGAUUCGCAAUCAGGAAAUUCCCGCGGCUCCCGAGCGCGGAAGAAGCGCCGGCAGUGCCGCGGGAAGGCGGCCGAGGUUAUGGGUGGGUUUAGGAAAUAA